AUGAACUAUACAGAGGUACUCAUAUCUUUGCUGCAGGCAUGCCAUGCUACUGAACCAGGAUACAUUAAUAUACAUAUCAUACCUCAUUCCCAUGAUGAUGUUGGGUGGCUAAAAACAGUUGAUCAGUACUAUUAUGGAUUCAAGCAGAAUGUGCAGCUAGCUAAAGUGAAGGAUAUAAUUGACACAGCACUGGAUGAACUUGAAAAGAAUUCUGACAGAAGAUUCAUUUAUGUUGAAACAGCUUUUCUUUGGAAGUGGUGGCUAGAAAAUGAUGAAGACAGGCGACAGUUAAUGAGGGACCUUAUUAACUCAGGUCAGCUGGAAAUCAUUGGAGGUGCCUGGAGUAUGAAUGAUGAGGCAGCCACUAAUUACCAGUCUAUAAUUGAUCAGUUUACAUUUGCCCUCAGGCAACUGAAUGAUUCCUUUGGUGCAUGUGGCCGCCCCCAUGUAGGUUGGCAGAUUGACCCAUUUGGACAUUCCAGAGAGAUGGCAUCCAUUUUUGCUCAGCUUGGGUAUGAUGGUGUCUUCUUUGCAAGAUCAGACUAUCAAGACCGUCAGAGACGAUACCAGACAAAGGACACUGAGAUGAUAUGGCAAGGCAGUGCUAAUCUUGGUAUGGAAUCUAUACAGCAAGCAAUCAUUGCUUAUCUUCUGCUGACAGAAAUGUGUGUUACAGGAACAUCAUCCAGGCUGUUUGCAGCAACUUUUAAUAACUCUUAUUUCCCACCAGAAGGAUUUUGUUUUGAUAGCAACUGUGGUGGAAUCCCAAUCAAUGAUGAUCCGCAAAGUCCUUUGUACAAUGUGGAUGCUAAAGUAACAGAAUUCAUUGCAUAUAUAGAAGAACAGGCAUCUUAUAUGAAGACUGAUCACGUCCUUGUCACAAUGGGAGGAGAUUUCCAUUAUCAGGAAGCUGCAUCUUGGUUUGUCAACCUCGACAAGUUAAUAAAGUAUGUGAAUGAAUGGCAGACAGAAGGAAGUAAACUGCAUGCAUUAUACUCAACACCAUCAUGCUACCUGAAAGCUGUGAAUGAUGCAAACAUAAAAUGGGAACUGAAAGAAGAUGAUUUCUUUCCUUAUGCUGGUGAUGCUCAUGAGUACUGGACAGGAUAUUUCACAUCAAGAGCAACUAGCAAAUAUUAUGAGAGACAAGGAAAUAAUUUUCUUCAGGUAUGCAAACAGCUGUAUGCAUUAGCAGAUGUUGAGGACACAUACUAUGAGGACUUAGAAAAAUUACAAGAUAUUAUGGGAAUUUAUCAACAUCAUGAUGCCAUUACAGGGACAGAAAAACAGAAUGUGUGUGAUGACUACAAUCUCAUGCUUUAUGAUGGAUUUCAGCAUUGUGGAAAAAUUGUCGAUAGGGCAUUGAAUAAGAUAUCUGCUGGUGGUGACUCCACACUUUCAUUCUCAUCAUGCCUCCUCAGCAACAUAAGCCAGUGUGAUAUAUCUGAGAGUUCAUCGAAUUUUGUAGUGACUGUGUAUAAUCCUUUAAGCCAAGCAACAUCCUAUUAUGUCCGUAUUCCUGUGCAGGAUGGCACAUACUCUGUGACAGAUGCAAAUGGUAAUGAGCAGAUAAUACAGUUGGUACCACUACCGGAUGCUAUUUACAAUGUUCCUGGAAGAGACAGUAAUGCAACACAAGAAAUUGUCUUUCAAGCCACUGAUGUUCCAGCAUUGGGCUAUUACUCGUACUAUGUGUCUAGUACAAAACAAGAGAGAAGUUAUUCAAACAUUAUAUCAGAAAAUGCAACAUACAUUGGAAAUAAUUACUUGCAGGUAAUUUUGCAUGAAACUCAAGGGACUGUAAAGUCUGUAAUAAUCAAUGGAACAGAGUUACCACUUAGCCAAAAUUUUUAUUACUAUGAAGGAUGGGCAGGAACUAAUGCAGGACCUGAUAAGAGAUCAUCUGGUGCUUACAUUUUCCGACCAGUAGGAUCCGAAGCAACCACGGUGACUGGAACUGCGACAGUCAAAAUAUACAAAGGUGAUGUUGUGGAAGAAGUGCAUCAAACCUUUAGUGACUGGAUCAGUCAAGUUAUUAGGAUAUAUAAAACUGAAAAACACAUUGAAUUUGAAUGGCUGGUUGGACCCAUUCCCACCGAGGAUGGGGUAGGGAAAGAAAUAAUUUCCCGUUUUAAUACAAACCUGGUCAACAAUGAAACAUUUUAUACUGAUUCAAAUGGCAGGGAAAUGAUACAGAGGCGAGUCAAUUACCGACCGACAUGGGAUUAUGUUGUAGAGGAACCUGUCUCAGGAAAUUAUUAUCCUAUAACAUCCAAAAUAGUAAUAAAGGAUGAGAAUAAAGGCCUAGAAAUGGCAGUUCUGAAUGAUCGAGCACAGGGAGGUUCCAGCCUUCGAAAUGGUGAAGUUGAACUAAUGAUCCAUCGUAGACUGCUCUAUGAUGAUGGAAUGGGAGUUGCAGAACCAUUACGAGAACAAGCAUUUGGCAAGGGUUUAGUUGUCAGAGGUAAGCACUGGCUGUUAAUGGGCAACAUAACAGGAGGUGAUGGAUGGAGUCUGGCAAGUCAAGAACGUUUUCUGGCACAGAAGAAACUCCUGUCCCCUUGGGUUCUGCUCAGUAAUGCUGACAAUGUUGCUUUCACAGAAUGGACAAAUUCACAUGAAACUCAGUUUUCAGGUCUGAGACAAGAACUUCCACAAAAUAUAAAGAUAUUAACAUUGGAACCAUGGAAAGAUAACUCAUUGCUACUACGCUUGGAGCACAUACUGGAAAACGAAGAAGACACAAAUUUAUCUCAGCCUGCUACAGUAAAUUUGGAGGCUCUAUUCACACCAUUCAGUAUCUCGUCUAUUAGAGAGACAACACUGGGUGGAAACCAGUGGCUGGAGGACAACACACGGCUGAUAUGGGUUGAUGAGGAAGGUAAUGAGCAGAUAAUACAGUUGGUGCCAAUACCAGAUGCUAUUUACAAAGUUCCUGGAAGAGACAGUAAUGCAACACAAGAAAUUUUAUUUCAAGCCACUGAUGUUCCAGCACUGGGGUAUCACUCAUACUAUGUGUCUAGUACAAGACAAGAAAGAAGUUAUUUAAACACUGUGUCAGAAAAUGCAACAUCCAUUGGAAAUAAUGUAAUUUUACAUGAAACUCAAGGGACUGUAAAGUCUGUAAUAAACAAUGGAACAGAGUUGCCACUUAGCCAAAAUUUUUAUUACUAUGAAGGAUGGGCAGGAACUAAUGCUAGAACUGAUGACAGAUCAUCUGGUGCUUACAUUUUCCGAUCAAUAGGAUCCGAAGCAACCAUGGUGUCUGGAAUAGCAACAGUCAAAAUAUACAAAGGUGAUCUUGUGGAAGAAGUGCAUCAAACCCUUAGUGACUGGAUCAGCCAAGUUAUCAGGGUCCAUCGUAGGCUACUCUGUGAUGAUGGUAUGGGAGUUGCAGAAGCGUUACAAGAAGAAGCAUUCAGCAGAGGUUUAGUUGCCAGAGGUAAGCACUGGCUGUUAGUGGGCAACAUAACAGGAAGUGAUGGAUGUAGUCCGUCAUGUCAAGAAUGUAAACUGGCUGAGAAGAAACUCUUGUCUCCUUGUGUUCUGCUUAGUAACGCUGGCAAUACACCGUUCACAGAAUGGAUAAAUUCACAUGAAACUCAGUUCUCAGGUCUGAGACAAGAACUUCCCCAAAAUGUGAAGAUAUUAACAUUGGAACCAUGGAAAGACACCUCACUGCUACUGCGCUUGGAGCAUAUGCUGGAAAAGGAAGAAGACACAAAUUUAUCUCAGCCUGCUACAAUAAACCUGGAAGCCCUAUUUGCACCAUUCAGUAUCUCAUCUAUUAGAGAGACAAUUCUGGGUGGAAAUCAGUGGCUGGAGGACAACACACGGUUGAUAUGGGUCGACGAGGAGGGUACUGCAUCAACCACUAGACAGUCCAAGGAAGACAUACCUAAUGUGACACUGGAGCCCAUAGAAAUACGCACAUUUGUAAUAGAAAUUGAUCGUCAAAAGACACACUAUACACAGCUUUGA